AUGAUCCCUACAACGGAACUCGAAGCACGUCACGAUCUGGACGAAGGGAGACCUGCUGGACCACCGAUCCAAUUCGCUCGAGUCGGGGAUCGGGUACUGCAUCAAUGGCAUUGCAACGAUAAAAUGUUUGGAGUGCUUAUCAAUAAUUGCUAUGUCACCGACGGUUUUGGAAAGAAGGCAGAUGUCAUUAAUGAGAAAGGCUGCCCUGUAGAUCCCAUUCUCAUAACUGGCAUUCGAUAUUCAGCAGACAUGCAAAGGGCAUAUGCGGAAUCUUCUGUAAGUGAUUCUAGUGUCAUAUCUUUUAAUACAAUUCAGCUUUAA